UUUGGUUUUAUAAAAGGAAGCAUACAAAGAAGAAAUGCAAUUAACGGAUUGAUCCUCUCUUUUAAACUCUCCACCCUUCAUCAAUGGCGAUUUUCAUAAUCAACCACUGACACACCCAGAGACACGCACACCUCUCUCUCUAAAUUCCAUAUAAUGUAUAUAAAUACAUACAUACAUAUAUAAGUAGAUUCCAUGUAUAAAUGACGAUCCAACAUCUGUCUGCAAUCUGCGUGUGUGUUUGAGUGGCUUCUUCUCUUUCUCUCUCUAAAUAAUCCAAGGUUUGUUCAAGCUAAUUACAAUCGUCAUCAUUUCUCUUUCUAUAUGCGUGCACAUAUAUUUAUUUGUAGAUGUGUACAUGAAUGGAUGCAGAAAUUCAUUCGCAUGUUUGUGCGUGUAUUCCGAUAUGGGUUUUGUAAAGGAGGAGACUAUUAUAACUUUCUUGAUUUUAGUUUGAAAAAAUGGGUUCUUUAAUGGUUUCUAGGGUUUCACUGCAUUUUAGUGACUUUUUUGGUUCAGCUUUUGUUUAAAGAUCUCGCCUUUAUGAGGUAUACGUUGUAAUCUAAAGUACAUUCUCAAUCUAGGGCUUCUUUUCCAGAUCCCCAAUUUUCGUCAUCCAUGCAUGACUCGCCAAGUUCAGGGUUUGAUCCAUUCCCUUCAUCCCAAAUGCCUUUGAUUUGAAAACCGCAAAGUUUCGAUUUGUUUCCACUUUCCAAAAAAUUCGUCCAUCUGCAAAGGGAAAAGAGAUUCCAGAAUGUGGAAGCAGAUUUUGAGCAAACUCCCUCGCAAAUCCACAAAAUCGGAUGUAGAUUCUGCAAGAAUCCCUAACUCCAGCAUCAAUACUUCAUCCCCUGGCUCAGGCCGGGCUAAUGCUGCCAGCCCUGCUGUCAAACGGGCUGCGGUGUUCCCAGCCAGUGUGAUUGCCGGCAUUGAACCAAUGCUGGCUUUUAAAGAUGUACCAAGCUCUGAAAAAUUGAAUCUUUUCAUCAGUAAGUUGAGCCUCUGCUGCGUGGUGUUUGACUUCAUUGACCCAGUGAAAAACACUCAUGAAAAGGAGCUCAAACGAGCGACACUGCUUGAGCUUCUUGAUUUCGUAUCACAGAACCCUCCAAAGUUCUCAGAGCCUGCAAUUUUAGCUGCAUGCAAAAUGUGCUCCAUUAAUAUAUUCCGUAAUUUCCCUCCUAAUUAUCAGUCGAGUAACACCAAUUUAGGUGAAAACGACAAUGACUCUGAGCCAACAUUUGAUCCCGCGUGGUCUCACUUGCAAAUAGUCUAUGAUUUCUUGCUCAAGUUUGUGACUUCACCUUCAUUGGAAGCAAAGGUUGCAAAGAAGUAUAUAAAUCAUUCCUUUAUUUUAAGGACUAUUGACUUGUUUCAUUCUGAGGAUCCUAGGGAAAGGGAUUGUCUGAAGGCAAUUCUGCAUAGGAUUUAUGGUAAGUUUAUGGUUCACCGGCCAUUUGUAAGGAAGAGUAUAAGCCAUGUAUUCUACAGAUUUGUAUUUGAGACCGAGAAGCAUAAUGGCAUUGCGGAGUUGUUGGAGAUUUUUGGGAGUGUGAUUACUGGAUUUGCUUUGCCAUUGAAGGAGGAGCAUAAGAUUUUUCUUUGGAGGGCGUUGAUUCCGCUGCACAAGCCAAAGUCACUGGCGGUUUACUUUCAGCAGCUGUCAUAUUGUGUGACACAGUUUAUAGAGAAGGAGCCAAAGUUGGCAGGUGGCGUGAUUAAGGGUCUAUUGAAAUACUGGCCGAUCACAAAUAGUCAGAAGGAGGUAAUGUUCUUAAGUGAGUUGGAAGAGAUUCUGGAAGCAAUUAACAUGGCUGAGUUCCAAAAAGUGAUGGUUCCAUUAUUCUGGAGGAUUGGACAAUGUAUCAAUAGCUUCCAUUUUCAGGUAGCCGAAAGGGCUCUGUUCUUCUGGAACAAUGACCAAGUUCUCAAUCUAAUUGCACAUAACCGGCAUGUGAUUCUGCCCAUUAUACUCCCGGCUCUAGAAAGCAACGCUCAAAACCACUGGAACCAGGCUGUGCUCAACUUAUCCUUAAACGUAAAAAAGAUGUUCUCAGAAAUGGACGACUCCCUGGUCCUGACUUGCAUUUCCAUUUAUAACGAGGAACAAGAGAAGCUAAACUUUGCAGUCAAGGAACGGAAGGAAGUGUGGAAGCUCUUGGAGAAUGCUGCUAGUCGCCAGCCUAUAGCUGGAAACACCGCAGUUCUUGUAUCUCCUUGAGCAGUCAGAAAUAUCCUUUUUGUUUGUCUGCAUUCACCUAGUUGUUGGUUGGGGAACCAUAAGAGGUGGAUUGGUGAAAACUGUCAUGCAUGUUUAAUACACAGUAUUGGAUAAGACUGGACGACCUUCAUUUUAUCCGUUGCUAUUCAAUACUGUUAAGUCGUCCCUACCAAACAUGCACCGAUUGUUUUGUAGGAUCUAUUGAUAGCCUGUUGUAACAAAAUCUAAUCUGAUGCUGUUUAAUUAUGUUCCUUUCCCCUGAAACUAAUGGGAAAGGUCACGCAUCUUUUUCCCCACAAAGUGAUUGAAUGCACAUUAUCCUUUUAUA